UUUGGUGGGUCUCUCUCUCGUUUUUUAUAUAAACGCGAAUAAUAUCAUUUUGCGUCUCUCUCUUGUUGUUUAUAUGAAAGCGAAUAAUAUCAUUUUGCUUCUCUCUCUCUCUCUCUCCCUCUGUGCCUGCAAGUUGCAAUAACUUGGUUGUCGUACAGGGCACGAGCUGCUUGCUUAUCUUUUGUAGACAUACGGCAUCACGUAGCGAAUUAUGUUCCCUUGGGGAUAAAGAUACCGCAAAAGAAGGCCGAAAAGCUUGUGCUGUUUAAGAGUCAAGUUGACAGGUGUAUCUGUGCUCUCUUGUUGUGUGGUUCUCGAGAGGAGAUUUUUUUUUUUUGUUUUUGCUUUUCAAGAUUCUGGGCAUUUCUGGGCGUUUUCUGUCCAUCAUCAGCCGAACUUCCCUGAGGUUUUGAUUCAUCACUGAAGAAGUGGGUAUAAUUGGAAGUGUUUUUAUGGGCUAGAAGAUCGCGGUGCUCUGAUUAUGGGUUCUUUAAGAGGUUUCUCUUGUGCUGUUGUUGGCUGUCCACUUUCCUAUUCGGUGUAAGGACCAAGAGAAAGAUAGUUUUGAGGGGGUUUGAAUUCUAUCGGGAAGUUGGGUUUUUCCAAGGGAGGUGGAGCUAAAUUUCCUUGGGUCUGCCUAAUUUGUGUGUGUAGGUAGUGGUUGGGAAUUUUAAGUGGAAAAAUUGGUUGCUGGGUUUAAGUGGUGCCUCAAUAGUUUUUCUGAUAUUCUGGAAAAGCAGCAGAGAGAAUUUGAGGGGGCUCUAUUGCUUAAGCAGGGAGAAGAGUCUUCUUGGUCACUUCUGUUGCUAUACUCACCUGAUUCAGGACAGACUUUGUGCCGGAUGGGAAGUGAUGUUGGUGAAGUUGUGGAGACAUCAUAUCCUUCAUCUUUUAAGGUUCACCAUGCAUUGUGUGCAGAGUUCAUGAAAUUAGUUGACAAAGUUUCAAGUAUACUGCCAGCGAUCGAGGCAGCUCGACCUCGAUGCUCGGCUGGAAUACAGGCACUAUGCUUGUUACACCGUGCAAUUGAGAAAGCCCGCCUAAUUCUCCAGCAUUGCAGCGAGUCUAGUAAGCUCUACCUGGCAUUAACUGGGGAUGCAAUAGUCGCAAGAUGUGAAAGGUCAAGGAACAUGUUGGAGCAGAGUUUAGGCCAACUUCAAAAUAUGGUUCCGGUAGUGUUGGCUAUAGAGAUAACCAAGUUACUAGAUGACCUGAGAAGUGCGACAUUUAUCCUGGAACCAUCUGAAGAGGACGCAGGAAAGGCGGUGCAUGACUUGAUUCGGCAGGGUUCUUCAGAAUCGGGUUCAACCGAAAAUUCGGAACUAAAAGCUCUUCAAUUUGCAGCAUCAAAGCUUUUUAUUACUUCUCGAAAGUCGAUAUUGGUGGAAAGAAGAUCAAUCAAGAAGUUACUUGACAAGGUUGGUGAAAGUGAUACAAAGAAGAAGAUUCUACUUUAUCUUUCAUCUAUUCUGAAGAAGUAUGGGAAUUCUAUUGCAAGCGGGCAAACGCAGAGUGUCUACCUGGAGAAUGAAGGAACAUAUUUGACAGCUAAUUCCCCGCAUAAUUCAGUAUAUACAGAAACUGCUGAAGUGGCUGAGGCUCCUUUACCAGGGCACCAUGAGGCUCAAGUUGAUGUUUCUGUUGACACAAUAGUCCCUGAAGAAUUCAAGUGCCCCCUCUCUUCGAGAUUGAUGUAUGAACCAGUCGUGAUUGCUUCUGGACAGACAUUUGAAAGAAUGUGGAUCCAGAAGUGGUUUGAUGAGGGUAAUACUUACUGUCCGAAAACAAAGAAGAAACUAUCCAACCAGUUCUGGACCCCAAAUACUGUCUUAAAGGAACUGAUAUCACAGUGGUGUACAAGACACGGACUAGAAAUACCUGACCCUAUCAUACAGCAAAAAACGGUGCAUCCGUGGGAAAAUUCUAGUACAUCGAUUGCUAGCCUAGGCAGUUCACUGAAUGACCUACGUCUUCAAGUGGACUUCAGUAAUGUCUCGCUUGGGUCCCUGGAGAGCAGCAAUAACUCUGAAUCUCCACUUCAGAGAUUUGCAAAUGCAUUUAAUCCUGGGACCCUGCAUACCAAAGACUUGAAGCAAGACCAUUCGUACGGAAGUUUUGACGAGGAUGAAGAAUAUUUUGAUAUCUUUUCUAAACUGACCGAACUCCCAUGGCAGUCUCAGUGCAAGGUGGUUGAAGAUUUCAAAAGCAAUUUGGAAUCCAAUCACCGGUCUCUUCAUUCGGGAUCAACUGAGAAUUUCCUCGAACCGCUCUUAAGAUUUCUGGGGGAAUCACGUGAUCUAGGUGAUGUAAAAGCUCAGAAGACCGCGUUGCAGUUAUUACUUACGUAUUUGAAAAAGAGCAGAUACGAAGUAUUGCAUGUCCAUCAAGACGGAUUUUCCAUGUUGGCUACCUUUCUCGAUUCGGAAGUAGCUGAACAAGCCAUCGCCAUUGUGGAGAUUCUGUCUACUCAGCAGGAGUGUAGACUGAAAGUUGCGAAUUCCGGAGCUAUUCCUUAUAUUUUGGAGACCCUCGACUGCGAGAUCAGAGACCUCCACGUGUCCGCCCUUAAAAUCCUUUACAACCUCUGCUUGAGUACUGAUCUCCGUCCAUAUGUUGCACCCUGCAUCCCAAAGUUGGUCCAUUUUCUGAAGGAUAGUGAAUUGGCGAAAUACGCUCUUGCUAUCAUCAGGAACUUGUGCGACAUUGAGGAUGCAAGGAUCUCCAUCAUCGAGACCCACGAUUGCAUCACCUCUAUCGCCGAACUACUCGAGAAUGGGAGCAACGAAGAGCAAGAGCAUGCUGUGGCUAUCCUCCUUUCGUUGUGCUCUCAACGCGUACAGUAUUGUCAGUUGGUACUGGAUGAGGGUUAUGCGGUCAUCCCAGCCGUUGUGAGCUUAUCCAUCAAUGGCACCGAGAGAUCGAAAAUAUGUGCUAUAGAAUUACUCCGGCUCUUACGGGAUGUGAAUGACAUUGAUAGUUGUGAUUUCUCAGAUCCGGAUCCUCCUACACACGAAGACCCCGGUUAUCACUGCCCGGAGACGAAACCAUCUUCCAGGAAGUCUGGAUUCUUUGGACGGAAGCUCGCGAUAUUUUCUAAAAAGCCCGUCUCUGCCACGCAACGGAAGAAGAAAUGCAAUUCGUAAUUAGGUUAUUCCGUGACCUCACAACGGCUUACUUAUCUGACAGUGGUGAAGAACGUUACGUAUUCUCGGCGAAAUAAGGUUCUUCUUCCUUAAAACUAGAAUAGAGCAACUUCUGUAAAUUGUCUCAUUGCUAGACUUGGAUCCGCUCAGCUGGGAAAUUUUUGUUAGGCAGCUUAGGCUAGAUCAAAUCUUUGACGGGUACUGUGUAGGGCUGUAUGAUGGGUAGAAAUGUGCAGUUUCUUUUUUCCAUGUUCAUUAUCAAUUGGGAGGGGCUCCUUGUCUGUAGCUUGAAUGGACUCCCUGCUCGCCAACUCGGCGGUCCUCUUAAUUGAGAGUAACGAUUCAAGUUGACGGAUAA